UUCUAGAACAAGCGGCUUUCACCUCUUACGCGCUUCGGACUUUUGUGCGCAUCCUCUCCAAAUGGCACGUACAACUCCUUGCAAAGUGCUUAAAUUGAAAAGCCAAUUUCAAAGGCGCUUGCAUGAAAACACCAAAUUUGUUACAAGUACUUGAAACUAGCUCGAAAAUCAUUCGUGAGAUUGCAUUGCAGCGCACAAAAUGAUACACGUUCGAUUUCUUCUUUUUUCCCAGCAACCCCGUUCCAUUGUUGGCUCCAAAGAAAAUCCGACGUGCAACCUAAGCUUUUACUAAUUUAAUGUUUUCCUCACACUAACAGGUGAACAUCAUCUCCAAGACAAAAACAGGUACUAUUUCUGUUUACUCUUUCCAUUUAAUAUUUCUUCCAAAUUGCUGUAAAAUUGCAUGCCAAUGUACAUGAAAUGGUGGAAAACAAUGAAGACACAUAUUCCCACAAGCUAGACAUUCGAUUCUAACCAAACUCGCUGGAAAACACAGAGUUUAUAGUUUAAAAUCAAAUGUUUAACCUGAAUCGCUUUUCUGAUAGACAACGCAUUAUGCCCCGUAGAGACGAGCAAGAUUUCCUUAACGAAUUUUCUUGCUCGUAUAAACAAUGAACACGUUUUUUUUCGAUCAAUUUUUCCUUAACAAGUUUUAUGAGCCUGCGCUAUUUGAAUACCCAAACAAUUUCAUAAUUAAUUAGGUAAAUACUUCGUGUAAGACCCCCAAAACAGUUUCAGCAAAUUAUAAGCCGUGAUCAUAAAAGUUAAAGUCCAAUCCAUAUAGUCCUAUCCCUAACCAUGAUCCUAACCCUAGUUUUAACACCAUAUGACUGUUUCAACCUACUUUUAAUUACCUCUAUCAUAACUGUUACGUGUUCCUUGCACGAAGUAGUUACUAUAAUUUUUGUUCAAAGCUAUUUUCAAUUAAGUUAUAAACAACUGAAACCAACUUUAAAAGUGAAUUUCAAAAUAAUUUACCAUAAUUUACAAUUACAAAAUACUUACUGUAAAAGAUGAGGGUCAAACGCAUGUCAAGUAACAGAUUUCGUAUUAAAUACAGUCCAUUAUAUACUGUAAUUUACGAUUAUACACAAUAGUUACUGUAAAAAAUAACAGUGUACAUUAUUCGGAAAAAAAUUGCCAGGGGCGCCUGGUUAUUUAACCUGCACCUAACAUAGUCUGAUUAUUUUAAUAAGAACGUCCUGGUCAAAUACAGGGUGUUUCGGAAAUGGAAAUUGAACAGGCUGUCGUGCAUCGUAAACUUUGUUAAACAAUUCAAGUUUUACAUAGGACGAAAGAGCUGUUAUUUAGCUUUUCUAUUUUUCUAUGAUACCUUUUUUGAAUCGCAAUGAUGAGAAAUGGCCACAUACUCGUCGAAUAAAAAUUGCCGGUCGAAAUCACAUUCUUUCACCGAUGGGAAUUGAAAAUACAUUAAUUAUGCUAAGUUAAUGAAUACAAAAGCAACUCGAGUCUGCUGCAAGCUAUUUGUUUCGUAAAACUUUUGAUUACGAAUGUUCUCUGUUCAAUGGUUAGUUGAAUUAUGUUUAAUGGACGUUUUUCUUGUCUCACUAAGACCAAGAUUGACGAUUUGAGCUCAUUGUAGAUAAUUUAACAUUCAAUUUUAAUUCCUUUGAGCUCAUUGUAGAUAAUUUCGUUUUCCAUGCAAUUCCCAACAGUGGAAGAAUGUGAUUUCGAGCGGCAAUUUUUAUUUGACGAGCAUGUCGCCAUUUCUCAUCGUUACGAUUAAAAAAGAGUAUCAUUGAAAAGCUUAAUAACUGUUGUUUAGUCCCAUGUAAAAAUUGAAUUGUUUAGCCGCGUUUAUGAUGCACGACAGCCUGUUUAAUUUCUAUUGCGUUUUUUUAGACACCCUGUAUAACCAGAUUUCUAGAUCUGGUUAAAUCAACCAGGCUAUGGUACAAAAUGAAAUGAAAUAACCAGAAAAUUUAAUUUUAACUAGAGUGCUUUCAGAGUGUACUUUUCGGAUGAUCCUGGAUCUACAGCUUUUUUAAGCAACAUCCUUCUCUCUUUAGUUCAUGUAUACCAGCAGAAGAUGAACCUGUGUAUACCACACAGCGUGACUGUCGUCCUUUAAUCAAACUGGACAACCCAUUUUGUGAACAUUACGGAUUCAAUCUUGAUAAAUACGUCGUGGUGGCGGUGAAUGACCAACAGGUUUUCAAUAACAGAUUGUGGGAGUUACAAGAACAAUUUAUUAACGGGCAAAAUAUUUCAACAUCACGCAAAUGCACUGACCAAUUUCGUUUCCCUGUCUGCUACUAUGCAUUUCCAGGCUGCGAUCGCAGCACGAGUGUACUUAAACCAAAGAAAAUUUGUAAGGAAUCGUGUCUCCAUUUUACAAAGGAAUGCAGUGCGUUUGUGAGGAUGUGGAACGAUGUUUUUCAACCUCUAAUGUCGCCAGGGAAACCAAGUGGUGAAUUGUUCAGUUGUGUGGAAAAACCAUCAAGAAAUGCCGGAAACACUCCUGAGUGUAUGUAUUAUGAUAGGAAAGAAAGUUUGGAAAAGGAAAGUAAGUUUGAUCGGUCUGUUGGUCGUUCGCAUAUCCGGCGCGCUGUCGGGUAGGCGUUUGGUCGGACGGCCAGGCGUUUGGUGUGACGGGCAGGCGUUUGUUCCGACGGUCAGAGGGUUGGUCUGUCAGUUUUCAUAAUGGUGAUCCAUCAGUAAUUGUUCUGGAAAUAAGAAUUGAUACGCCCAUAGUAAAAACAGAAAAAAACGUUGGAGUCACCGAACUCAUUCAGAAGAUAUGACAAGUUCAAUAUGCCACGUUUUCCCCCAAUGAUAUGGCGCCAUCUUGACCCUUUUGCGGUUACAGGAACAAUCGCAAUUGCGCAACAGUUAUUGAAUUUUUUAACGAGGAUCCUAUUGUGAUUAUAUGCAAGAAAACAUGGUAUUUUAGCGAAUCAAAAACCAUUGUCGUUGUGCAAACAUGUUUUCCCAUCUUCCCACACAUGUUAUGUCGGGAAGUAUGCGCGAAAAACAUAAAAUAUUAUAAGUGUAGAAAUUAUUUUUUUCUUUAUUUCUGACAUAAUAUGUGGAACGUAUAGAGAAACAAAAAUAUAAAAUAUAAAAGUGUAGUCACGGGCCUUUUUAAAGAGAUACAAGGGUUAAACGUACAACAUGAUGUGGUUUAGAAUGUUGGUUGAACGGAGCCCUAGCCAGAGUUUCCUGAAGCACGCCUAAUCAAUGCAGAGUGUUUUUCUCUUUGCCCUUACUCUUUCUUUAUCACUUCACAUCGCAGUUCGACUACAUAUAUUAGCUAGAAUUUGUUAGUAGAUAUGCGCAGUAAACGUGCGCAAUGCAAAACUGAUGAAUCAACUUAAGUCAGCCAGUGAUUCGGUCGGUCAGUGAGCCAAUCAUCGGUUGGUUAGUAGAUCGGUCAGUCAUUAGUCAGUUAAUCUGUCUGUCAGCAUGAUUACUAUUUUUUCUUGUAGAUUGUCUUUACUUAAACGGCAGCAGUUACCAUGGCAACAUUUCAGUGACAUCCUCAGGUAUUCCGUGUCAAUCAUGGACAGAGCAAUGUCCACAUCGUCAUACCAUGAACAAAACAUAUCCAGAAUUGAAUAACGCUAAGAAUUAUUGUCGAAACCCUCAGAACUCUGGACAACGACCUUGGUGUUUUACCACAGAUAGGAACAAGAGAUGGGAGUACUGUGAUAUCCCUAAAUGUAUACCAGGUAUAGCAUAAUAUUGUACUAUGAUCUCCCUAAAUGUAUACCAUCUUUACAUGUCUGAGAGGAACGAUAAACAGGUAAUGCCGUGUGUGACCCAACACAUCUUUUUCUUUGCUACAGUUGAUGGUAGUUAUGGUAACUGGUCAUUAAACAGUUCAUGUUCUGUAACUUGUGGUGAAGGUUUUGUAACAUGGUCACGAGAAUGUGACAAUCCUGAGCCAAAGUAUGGUGGAAGAAACUGCAAUCAUUUAGGAGAACCUGUUGAGUACAAGCCAUGUACUAAGAAACCUUGCCCUGGUAAAUACACUCUCGAUCUCUUUACCGUUAACCUUCGAAUAAAGACCAAGAAAUAUAAGCCCAAGGCUUUAUAUUAACAACGUAACUAAAGUAAUCGUUCUUAUUUCUAUUGAUGGAGGAUAGCUCUACCAGGUUUAAGCUGCUCUCUUGGGGGGAAAUUGAAUGUAGUAUAUCAUUCUUCUUAAUGUUUAAUUUCACAGUUAACGGUGGCUACAGUAGCUGGAAUUUAAGCAGUCAAUGUAACGUUACAUGUGGACAAGGUAAAGAAAUAUUGCGACGUUCAUGUAACAAUCCUACUCCGAAGAAUGGAGGUCGAAAUUGUACUGUGUUGGGAAAGGAUGUUGAAUAUCGAAUUUGUAAAAAACAACUUUGUCCAGGUAUGUUUCUUUAUGUCUUCUUUUCUUCUCAUCCUUUUCUUCCCUUCUGUUUGUCGUUUUAUUAUUGAAUGCAUCCAUGCCAUCUUGACUGAAUCUUUCUCUACACUUUGUCGUCCUGCUGUUGAUUGUCUUCAUUCUACCUUGACUUAGUCUUUCUCUACAUGCUAUCCUGGUAACCUCUGCUCUUAGGUAGUAUCUUCAGAUCUCUUUCCACAGUAUCUCUUUAUCUCAUCCUUGCUCUCCUAGCUGUUGUCCUCUUAGUAUUGAAUGUCUCAAUGCUACCUUAACUAGAUGUUUAUGUACACUCUGGCCUGGGCAUCACCCUAGAUAGUACCUUCACAUCUCUUUCCACAGUAUCUCCCCAUCUCGUCCUUUCGCUUGAUGUCUUCGGACUUGACUAGAUCUUCCUAUAGGAGAACAUAUUCUAUAGGAGAAGAUUUUCCAUACGAGAAGAUAUUCUGUAGGAGAUAUUCCAAUAUGGCAACAACGCCAAAUGUCGUCUGUUUCCGAAGGAAAUUGCAAGCAUACACAUCAACAUUCUGAAUUUCUGUUCUAUCCAGCUACAUUCUUCUCUCUUCUGUAAAGUCAAAGUUUUUUAGCCAAACAUUGUAACUAACGUUUAAAGCAUAAGCAGCCAUGUCCUGCACUUGAUAGGAAGAUUGGCAAGCGGCAACGUAACGGUUUUAUUUUUGUAUGCAAGCCAAAGCAUAUGUUAUACUAAAGUUUACUUGCCUUCUAAAUGUACUUGUUUUUCUUCACAAACAACCAUGAAGUAGCAACAGUCAGUCAAUUCACAUAAAACACCCGGCCCCACAAGACUUGGAAAGUUUUAACUGUCGGCGUGGUUAUAAGCCGUGAAAAUGAUGUAAAUAACGUAGCAGUUUGAACAACUAUGGCGUACUAGAAUGCUGAAGGAAAUACAAUUCUUUGUAUUUAGAGUAAAAUUCUAUUGUUGAUGAUUAAACCAAAGGGGUUGAAGUACGAACCAGGGGGGGGGGGUGAUUAUAUAUUAAAUACAAAAUGUACUAUGGUAACCUUUUUCCUCCUCAUUAACUUGCAUGUGUAAGUGAGAGUUUUAAUCUUCAAAUCAUUUCAGUUGAUGGUAAUUAUAGCAACUGGACUACAUCGUCAGUAUGCAGUGUGACGUGUGGUGUGGGGUACCAGAUGUGGUUCCGGACAUGUGAUAAUCCACCUCCCAAAUAUGGUGGAGAAGACUGUUCAAAAUAUGGUAAAGACAGAGACAGUAGGCCUUGCCACACGGAGCCUUGUCCAAGUUAGUCAUUGAAUUGUUUCAGUUGUUUAGCUAGGGUCAUCUAUUAUCACCAACAUUUUCACCAGACCUGAAAAAGAUCUCGGGAACACUUGCCUUAGCAAGAAAAUUGAGGAAUAUUUUCAAUUUUCCACACAUACGUUAUGGACGAAUCUCAAGGAAUCAUUUUAUCAUAUUUCUUCUCUUUCAUAUGAGAUUGUGAAGUAUUGUUUAACGCUAAAAUUUUUGUAAUGUACAGUCAAAUUUUCCGUUCUUUUUACGCACUUUUGAGGAACAUUUGAGAAAGGAAAAUUCAGGAUCCGAGGAACGUUAAACACUUUUUCCAGGUCUGAUUUUCACAAGCGUACAAAGAGUUUCUCGACCUCCCUCCAAAACGUUUUGAAUGUCGAACCUCAGAAAUGAUGAAUCAUGGGUCUCAAGUUUAGCAAAAUAUAUAGUGUAUGUUGGUCAUUAACCAGCUCCUCCACUUACCACUACCAACAUCACCACCAUCAUCAUCCUCAGCAUCAUCACCACCACUAUCAUCACCACCACCAGCAUAACCACUGUCAUCAUCACCACCAUUACUACCAUCACCACCACUACCAUCACCACCACCAAACCUUUUGUUUGUACUCUUCGUUCAGAGGCUCGACGAAAAAAACCUAGAGCACAGAAGGAGCCAAUCAAACUCUACUUACAUGAAUUUUCAAGCCCAAAGCUUAACUCACAACAUCUCUAUUCUAGCAACGUCAGCUUCUACUAAAGCGAUAAAAAUCACAUGUGGUGUUUGUGUUUUGAUCAUCAUAAUGGUUAUUGGUUUAAUUCUUGUUCGUAAACGUAAAGUCUGGAUUGAGCGAUAUCACAAGAGAAGCAGUAAGUCAGAUUGUAUUCCAACAUUUAAACUCAAUACAGUUUUCCGGAAAUAAAGAUGAUUUGCACACCUGACACCCCCACUUAUUCACUUACGCAUGUAUAGAAUCUCAUCCAAUAAUUGUUAAUGAAAUAUUUACAGGCAUUCCUCCAUAUGCAGUCUUUCAACGAGUGCCAGAAAAUUUUCCAUCUAUUGAUGAUACAACAGGGGAACACAUAUAUGAAGAAAUACUUUAAAGCGUAGGUGAAUAGAACGACAAUGGAAGACUGUAUGUAUGAAAACAUCACUUGAAAGUUAAUAUUGUACUUCACUUUUUAGUCGAUAGCAACACCAUGCAUAUCGACAUUUUGCAAUGCAUCGUUUCUUCAAGGUUAUUGAACGGCCGUCAUUUUAAUAAAAAGUACUGUAAAUAAAAAAUAUCAAACAAUAUAUAUACCGUAUAGCUAGUAUGAAGAAAAUAUAAAAUAAAACAAAUUCCGAGAAAACUGCAUCUUGCAAAUCUAAGAUAUGGAUUAAAAGAGUAUGGUGGAAGAAACAGCAGUCAUCUAGGAGAACCUGUUGAGUACAGACCAUUUUCAGCAAAGCCUUGCCCUGGUAAGUCAAUUCUCUAUUAAUAGAAAAAAAUUCAGGAAAAAGCGACCAUCCAAUUUUCUUUGGUAUAUUUUUUAUUGUUAUCUAUAGUUAACUGUGGUUACAGGAACUGGACUUUGCACUUUCCCAUGCUGUGUUUCAUGUGGUGUUGCUAUGGAAAUAUGACGACGUUCUUGUAAUAAUCCUGAACCAAAAUACAGCGGUCAUAACUGCAGUGGUCUUGGAAACUCGACUGAGUUUAGAAACUGUAGCAGCAAACCAGAAAACAGAGAACGCUUCACGAAAAUACUUUACCGUAAUUGCGGUUAAAAUGAUCUUCACGGUAAAGUAGCCGGAAUAAUUUUGAUAAAAAAUUUGAGUUAAAUAAUUGUGAAUUUGCUCAUAAAUUUCAGUAUAAUUUUACUGCAUGGAGUUUUUGAGUCACUUUGGUUGCAUUGUUCUACUGAUGUUUUUGAGUCAAACUUGUUUGCAGUGUAAUAAUAAUCUUUUUUUUUUAAGUUCCGUUCACAAAGGACCGGAUGACAAUUCCUCAUGUGAUUAAGUGGAACGUGACAAAUCUGUGUACGGUUUGAAAGUCCAGUGUGAAGGUAGGCUAAAGAUCGAACGAGAAAGUUUUUUUACGAAAAGAAAUUUUUUAUAUUUUGCUUUUCACAUUUGAAAGUUUGACUUCUUCCUCAAGCAGGAAUUACAAGGAAGUGGCACAGAACAGAAAGUCUAGACUACAGUAUAGUCUUUGAAUUUCGUUAUCUCAGUAAAUAUCACUCGAAUGAAUUGUAUAUUGCCAUUAUAUAUGCUUGGGUGCUUUUCACGAAUACAACACUUUGAUGAAGGAAGUCGUUUUAUGUUUUUUCCGCAGAAGUAUUACCGUUACAUCAGUUGAAAUAAAAUUCAAUUGUAAGCAACUUGACACCAAAAAGGUUGUCAAUAUUUUGAGCUGGGCAAAAACUGCAACCAUCAAUCGAGCAUCAACGAGGUUGUACGUAGAAGUCACGAUGAGGGUCGUUUGUUUUAAUAAUGGUUAUGGUAUUAAACUGAUUUUAGCAAUGAUUAUCAUCACAAAUGUUGCAGGUAAAGUCUGGUAGUUUUAUAAGUCAAUUCAUUGUUGCAACUGCACAUUAGAUUGUGCUUGGAUUAUAAAAUGUACCCAAGAGCUUGGGCCAAGACAAACAGAUAGACAGACGGACCGGUUUCGAGGGAAGAAUUAGCCUGCAUUUAGAGUCUGCUGUGCUUGGGUGGUGCAUUAUAAUAGCCUCUAGAGCAAACGCCUUUCACCUUCUACGCGCUUCGGACUUUAGAUUCUGUGCGCAUCCUCUCCAAAUGGCACGUACAACUCCUUGAAAAGUGCUUAAAUUGAAAAGCCAAUUUCAAGAGCGCUUGAAAACACCAAAUUUGUUACAAGUACUUGAAACCCGCUCGAAAAUCAUUCGUGAGAUUGCGUUGCAGCGCACAACAUGAUACACGUGCGAUUUCUUUUCUUGUCACGGCAACCCCGUUCCAUUCCCAGCUACGAAGAAAAAAAAUGUAACAAACAAACAAAAAAACCUAAGCUUUUACUAAUUUAACGUUUUCCUCGCACUAACAGGUGAACAUCAUCUCCAAGACAAAAACAGGUACUAUUUCUGUUUACUCUUUCCAUUUAAUAUUUCCAUUUAAUAUUUUUUGGAAAUUACUCUAAAAUUGCAUGCCAGAGGAAGAUACUGUAAAUGGAAUGGUGGAAAACGAUGAAGACACAUAUUCCCGCAAGCUAGACAUUCGAUUCUAACUAGACUCGCUGCAACACACAGUCUAGUUUAAAAUCAAAUGUCUCAUCUGAAUCGCUUUUCUGAUAGACAACGCAUUAUGCCACGUAGAGACAAGCAAUAUUUCGUUAACGAGUUGUCUUGCUCGUGUAGACGACGAACAAGUAGUUACUAUAAUUUUUGUUCAAAGCUGCUUCCAACAAAGUUAUAAACAACUGAAACUGUCUACGAUACCACACUUUAAAAGCGAAUUUAGAAAUAAACGUCUACGAGAUUUACUCAGUGAAGUAUACUGCGCAAUUAUACUUCUCAAAUUUUCCUUGGCGGUUGUAGCUACACACGAACAAACUUACUAGUUGAAAAGCUGACUAGCUUUUGAACAAUCUCCUUGUGAAGGAAAAAGUUGUUAAAUUUUGCGUACACGCGAACAAAUAAAACUUAUCAAGUACAAUUUGCCCGUCUGCAUGUACAGUGUUCAGGGACGUAACUAGAGCGAUAAUUGGGGGUGCAUAUUCAUAUAUUCGUGUUCUGCCCGACUGAUUUCUUUGAAAGCGAUUGUUUUUACACUAUGUGAACGUAAAUUAAUGAAUAUAUGCAGCUCCCUCCCCAGUAUCGCGUCUAGUUACGUCCCUGACAGUGCUUUAGGCAUCAUUGUGGCUUAAUAGUGAAGUCUGGUUCUUCAUCAUUGUAUUCACCCAUUGUCAUACACAAAUGUUGUAUAGACGUAGAUUUAAAACUACUAUCUCUUAGUGAUUGCUCAAUCUUUGUAUAGAACGUGUGUUCCUGCCGAAGCUGAACCAACGCUAAACUCGAGUUCGUGUUAUCCUUUGGUAAACUUUACCCGUCCUUUUUGUCAAAAUCAUGGAAUCGCUUUACCCAACUACGUAUAUCAGACGUCCGACUAUCAGAAUAAUAGAAACGAUGAAAUCAACGCGGACUUCGACAUGUUACAGAAGGUGGGCGCAUCAAAACUAAGUCGCUUUUUUAAAGUUGACAUCAGCACUGUUAGAAAGUGCGUACAAUAUUUUGUCAUAGGGUAUUGUCGUCUAUAUUUUCCGAGUUGUGAUCGAACCCAAAGCGUGUUUAAAGAACAAAAGAUAUGUCGUGAAUCAUAUCUUGAAAUAGCUCACAUGUGUGGUAAACUGUGGGAAAUAAUUGUAAGGUUUUAUUUAAUUGAUUACCCGGAGGAAAAGAAGAUCGUUCGUGGCGAACUACAACCGACUAGGAAUGCUGGUGACUCACCAGAAUGUUGGUAUUUCAAUGGAGUCGCAAACUCUGCAGGUAAUAUUACAAUCAACUCUAGUUCACUCUCAUUAACGUCGUUUGACAAAGGUUUCUUCUCAUUCUUCUCUCAAACUAACCCUUCCUCCUUGGUUGUGUUCUGUAAUCAGACAUGGGUGAUAUGAAGGGAACCCAGGGAAAGAUAUAAGAAUAUUUAUAAGAAUACUUAUAUUCAUAAGAAGAUUUAAGGGAAUAUAAGACGAUUUUUGACAUUCACGCAAAAACUUAAUGUUACUGAUUUGUAUGAAGUAUUGAAGUAGUGAACAAUAUAUGCAACUAACAAUUUUAUAUUUUUAUAUAAACAAUGGUUCGAUUUAAGUAUACGCGAUUAUGUUUUUUCAAAGAUAAAAUAAAAUAAUAUAAGAAGAUUUAAGAAGAAAUUUGGUCAAAAAUAAAAUCUUAUAAUAAUAUAAGAAGAUUUGCCAUCCUUCCCUAGAGGCGUUCUUAGUAUAUGGUGUUCUUGGUAGAGCAUGUACACUACCACUCGUGGUUCAACCAGAAUUUAUCGUCUAACCAUCAUAUUCUUUAUUGUAACACAUUUUUAGAUUCAUCUCCAGUUCCAGAAUGGACUACAAACGCAGGUAAGAACCCAGAGAGCAUCCUAGAUCAAACCAAGGGUUAGUCGCUUGGGAGAAGAAAGCUUUUAUAAGCUCUUUCAAACACCACAGGUGUUUCCUCGUACUCCAGUUUCCUACUGCAAUAACAGUUUUACUACAAUAAUUUUUCAAAAUUCUGAGGUUGGCAAAAAAAAAGAAAAUUUUUUAAAAAUUCCGAGGUUGGAAAAAAAAAAUGAAAAUUUUUUCAAAAUUCCGAGUUUGGAAAAAAAAUGAAAAUUUUUUCAAAAAUCCAAGGUUGGAAAAAAAAAAUUAAAUUUUUUUCAAAAUUCCGAGGUUGGAAAAAAAAUGAAAAUUUUUUCAAAAUCCCGAGGUUGGAAAAAAAAAUGAAAAUUGUUUCAAAUUCCGAGUUUGGAAAAAAAAAUGAAAAUUUUUUCAAAAUUCCGAGGUUGGAAAAAUAACCGGACCUAAUAGGAAUGGACCUUUCUCGGCCUCAGGGAAGAACAAUUUAGAACUCAUAGGGUAUAAAUAAUUUUAGUUUUGUUUAGGUUUCCCGCAUAAAUAAAGUUAUUUAGUUUAGGUUUCCCCCUGUGGCAACACAACCUCGUAUCCAGGGUCUUUCCUCUUGGGGAGCAAAGACCCUGGCAAAUAGACGCUGGUCACGUGAUCUGCUAAAAUCUAGCAGAUUUCUAAUCAACUAUCUUGGUUUUCUUUACGACAAUCAUACAAAAUGCAAAUUAUAAAUUAAACUAUAAUAUAAACUAUAAAUGCAAAUUAUAAAUUAAACUAUCAAUAUCAAAUGUUUAUUGACCUGAUCUUGGAUUGCUAAUUAAAAAUCUGCUAGAUUUUAGCAGAUCACGUGACCAGGGUCUUUGUUCCCCAAGAGGAAAGUCCCUGGGUACGAGGUUGGUGGCAACACUGGACCGAAAUAGAGAUGAUCCUUAAACAGUUAGAGUUGAUACAGCUAUAUCCAGUAUAAACUUUGACUAUGUAUAACAUUAGGUAGAAUUUAUAGCAAUAUCUGUAAACAAUUAAUGUUGUGUCGCAAAACUGGGACAAUGAAUCCAGACUAAUAAUCAUCUUUGCACACAGAUUGCCUGUACUUAAACGGGAGCAGUUACCAUGGCAACAUUUCAGUAACAGCCUCCGGUAUUCCGUGUCAAUCGUGGACAGAGCAAUGUCCACAUCGUCAUACCAUGAACAAAACAUAUCCAGAACUAAAUAACGCUAAGAAUUAUUGUCGAAAUCCUAAGAACUCUGGACAACGACCUUGGUGUUUUACUACAGAUCGGACCAAGCGAUGGGAGUACUGUGAUGUCCCUAAAUGUAUACCAGGUAUAGAGUAAUAUUGUACUGUGAUAUUCCUAAAUGUAUACCGGGUGUAGAGUAAUAUUGUACUGUGAUAUCCCGAAAUGUAGGUAUUGUAGGUUGUGUUUGAAAAACUCGAAAACGUUUUAAACACUUAUAACUGUACUCUGUGGUCAAACAAGUGUACCUUUGAACUGCGGUCUUCGCAAUUAAAUGGUAAAUAAAAUAACUAGGAACAUUUAGGAAAAUUAAGUUAAUCCAAAUAGUGUUACUUUCAGUUUAUAUAGAAAAUUUUAACCAGGCUGUUUUAAAGUGCAGCAACGUAAGCUCAAUGUUUUUCUUCUUUGCAAGUUGAUGGUAACUACGGCAACUGGUCAUUAAACAGUACGUGCAAUGUAACUUGUGGUGAAGGUUUUGGUACAUGGUCACGAGAAUGUAACUAUCCUGAGCCAAAGUAUGGUGGAAGAAACUGCAGUCAUCUAGGAGAACCUGUUGAGUACAGACCAUGUUCAGCAAAACCUUGCCCUGGUAAGUCAAUUCUUUAUUAAUAAAAGAUUUUCAGGACAAAGUGAUCCUUAAUUUCCCUCUGUAUUUUUUAUUAUUACCUGUAGUUAACGGUGGUUACAGCAACUGGACUUUGAGUGCCCCAUGCAAUGUUUCAUGUGGUGAUGGAGUGGAAAUAUGGCGACGUUUUUGUAAUAAUCCUGAACCAAAAUAUGGCGGUCAUAACUGCAGUGGUCUUGGGAACUCGACUGUGUUUGGAAACUGUAGCAGAUCACCAUGUUCAAGUAAGGCUAAAACACCAACUGAACUGAAAUUACUAAACUAACUUUCUACGAACUUUCUAUUUUAUACAGGGUAUAUAUCAGUUCUAAACUGUCUUUCCUAAAGACCUGUAAGUACCAUCCCUUAUUUUAGCUACUGCAGGAAACCUUAGUAAUCUUAUGAUAAAUAUCAAUGCCCAAAAUACGUAAAAGAGACAGCAUGAAGUAAUGUUUCGUCCGCUGCGCGGAGGUGAAGAUUCCGAGUAUCCGGUUGGAUCAAAAUGAAGUUUUUUGCUUUAAAAAUACAUUGCGUUUCUUCUUAGCAUAACCAAAAUAUAACACAUACCAAAGUGCCACCUUUUUCUACAUUUCUAUUUCUAGUCGAUGGUUCCUAUGACAACUGGACGGCGUCACCAUGCAGUGCCACGUGUGGUCAAGGUGUGGAAAUAUGGAUACGACAGUGUGAUAACCCCCCUGGAAAAUUUGGAGGAAAUUGUAGUAAACAAGGUCCGGCUCAGGAGAUUCGGACAUGUAAAAUGAAACCUUGUCCAGGUAAGAUCUACCUCUAAUGGUUAUUAGUAAUUACAAUCCAAUUUUGCCAAAAGAAGGUGGGUUUCACAAAGCUAAACCACAGCACAUGAUGUUCAACCAGAAGUUAUCGGACAAAUUGUUGAUACUAUUAUCACGACCGAACAGAGCAAUCGGUAAAUAAAGCCAAAAGAGGCGUUUUUCAAUUCGAAUGAACAAAGAUAUUUUAAAAAUUUUAGUCCACUUCGACUCUCAGAUGAUUGGUAUCUCCGUUGCUGCUGCUGUUGUUUUUGUGAUCAUCGUAACAGUGGCAUGUCUUAUUUUCAUUCUUCGAAGACGACGUCGAAAAGAAGGUGAGGUCAAGUUCUAAUUUGUUCCAAUUAAAAGAUAAAUUACAAGUAAUAUCGAGAUUAUGGUGUGCAAGUAAUAUCGAGAUUAUGGUUUUAUAUAAGUUAAGACGACUUCAUCCCGAACAAAUCUUUGUAAAUAUUCAACAGCACUGUUGAAUAAUAAUUCGAUUGGUUAAUUAUCACAAAAAUUCAUUGUCUUGGCAGUCAAUAAGUUGUGUUGAAAUAUUAAUCAGCAAAAGUCUGCAUAAAAUCGUAGCCCAUUGUGGACGCGUUAAAGUUUAUCGAAUUUCCAGACCAUACGUCGAUUGCCUGAACUGACGGUCUUAAAUAUUUAUAUUUCCGGUGAAAAUUUUGUGACAUUGCGAACAGAAACGAUGAAAUUUACGUCUGCUGAAAUUACUGAUCUACAUGUUGGUAUUUGAAUUCUCUAGGCUUUCCUUAUUACGCCCGUGUGGAGUUUUUACGGCUACAUCCCCGCGGUUCUCCACCACCGGACAAUACUUCAGACGAAGUUCCGAGUUUACCACAAGAGCCUGGCACUAAAUAUGGAAACACGACAAGUGAAGGGGAGCCAGUUCCAGGCCUCUCGCGUGGUGUGGUGCGCUACCCAAGAGAUUACAUGAACACAAGACCCGCGCGAAAUUCAUGGUAUGACAGACUUCAGUUACUUCGACCAUUAGCUAUGGACUGGCUUCGAAACGCUUGGGGAAAUGUUGACGAGUUUGGCCGCCAUGUUUAUGACGUUAUGCAACGCGUCAGACAUGUUUUUGUCCCAUACGACAAGUUGAGCAAUCUACAACAAGGCGACUCGGCCGGAAGUGGAGUGGAGAGGAAUAAUACUUAUAGUACAAUGGAAAGACCCGCAGCAGUUAUAUUGCCCACUGAAAGUGAGAAUGCGUCGACGACAGAAAAUGUUUGAUCUAUCAGACUAUAUUAACCUUGGUCCAUCUCUUCGUAGAAACUUGCCUUCUUUUUUCAUUAAUUUUUUAUGAUUGGCUGAAGUGCUAUAGCGCAAACUAGGAAAAUUAUUGCGUAAAUUAUACUUAAACCAUUCAAUGGGCGCCGGAUUGUUUUUUCAACAUAGUUGAAAACUGUAACUUCCUGGCUACGAUAGUCAUAAGAUUGUGUGUAUAUUGCAAGACAAUGUUAGCACAUAUGUAAAAUUUAGAGUUAAUAAUUUCUGUUCAAGUUAAUAAUUUCAGUAAUAGAAUGGGGGAACUUACUCCCAGCCCAAAAUAUCCAAA